AUGCCGCAGAGUGCUUACUCGUCUAAACGGGCUCCCAAGAGCUCUGCCAAGGGCGGCCAUCCCCGUCCCUCGACUCCCGAGUCGAAUAUCGUGCGAAAUCUCGAAAUGUCUCCCGCUAAUCAGUCUAGAAAGGCAUCCAAUGCCAGGCCAGUUGAUAGAAAGCGGAGGGCUUCAUCCUCAUCCGUCUCCAGUGUCUCUUCGGUCUCGUCCCUUGAAGACUUGAGCGAGGAGGCAGAUAGCUCGGAAGAUGAUGCAGAUGACGAGGAAGAACCGGCAGUCCGAGCCCCGUCUUAUGGUCGUCGACGAAACAAUAAGGCGGGGCGUCAACCUGCAAAGACCAAGCGAAGACGUGUCAUGAGUGACGACGAUAGCAGUGACAGCAGUGAUGCCAAUGAAUCUGAUGACAGCUCAGAUGACAUUUAUGCCGCUGUAGACUACAUCACCGACGCCGAAGAUGAGGACCAAGAUGUAGAGAAGAUGGAAGAGAUGAUGAUCGUGGAGUCAGAGAGAACCCACCGCCCCCUAUCCAGCACUAGCUUUGCGGAUGACCAGUGGGCUAUCACUUCUUUCGACGACCACAUGUUCCUCCCAGCUGCAUCGUUCUUCGAUGAAGAGAACCUUUACAGUGUUAUGGAAACUUUUGGAGAGCCUGAGGUGACCAGUGAAGCCGUUGAUACGCCGGCUGCCCGGCGAGUUCACUUCGAGGAGCGAUCCGACUCCUCAUCUGAUAGUGAUUCGCACAGCGAUGAUGAAAUCAUUGGCGACUUCUUGCAACAGGACAGCUUGGACCCCCAGCUGCGGCGCAUGAUUGAAAACGAUAAUGGUGGUUACCAGACGAGUCACCGCCGUCAUUCAGAAGAAGUGUUUGGAGAUGCUGACUACGGUCAUGGAAGUAUCUACCACGUGGAGUCCGACGGCGGGUCCUCCGAAGGUAGCUUGAGUGGCUACGAGAGCGAUGAUGGUGAUACCACAGAUGAGGAUCUUCCCCCACCAGCGACAAUCACCCACCCUCGAUCCCUCCUCCGCCGGGACUCUUCCGAUUCUUUGGCUCCCGUUGAUGAGAAGAACGACUGUCUUCCUCGCCGCCGAGGACCUAUCAUGGGCACCUUCGUGGCCGACCCCCACAAACCAGUGGCUUUGGUCGACUGCACUGGCAAGCAUCUCGUUAUCAUUCCCGCAUACGCCUCUUCUCGCCACGACUGGCUGGACUCAGCCGCCAACAGCAUGCCGGGGACUGCCAACACCAGCCCUCGCCAGACUACCCUCCACUUGAUUGACGAGAGCGACACCGAUGCACUUGCAUCGCCCAAUCAGACCGACUUCAGUCCAAUGUUGGCUUCUAGUGCCAAUCUCAUGAUGACCGCUCUCGGCAAUGAUCUCACACCAGGAGGCCAGGUCAUGGGGCCCCCUGAGGCGUUCUAUCCUUCUCAGGAUUUCACCAUCGACAGCUCGUUUGAAGAAGACGAGGAAGACGAUCCAGAGGCUGCUCUUAACGUCGAUGACUUCAUCGACUUCGGCAACGGUUCCUCCGACGAAGACGAUGACAUGGGUCAGAAUUAUGAUGAUGAUUCCCAUAUGUCCCCGAUGUCCGCUCCCUCCAAACCCGUGGGCACACCUACUCCCACCCGCAAGUCCGAACCUGCCAACAACGAAGAGCGGUUCCUCAACCACCUUGACCAGGGCAUCGUCACCGCUUUCCGUCGUAACCACAACCGCUACCAGGCGCUCCUCCGCCUUCCGCAGCACCGCGAGUUCAUGCCCGCAAACUCUCCCGCGCGUCCUGCCAGUGUCUUCCGGCACGCCAAGAACAAUGACCAGCGCACCCCCACCCGCAAGCGCAAAUCAAGCAGCAUUGUCGGUGGCGAGGCUGUGCGACGCAAGCUGAUGGAUGCUCAGCAACGUCGCUCUCAGCUUCCUCUAUGA